GUUGUACUUGUCAUUCAGUCAUCCCAGGAAUUCAACAAGACUAAGGCCAGCCACCUCGGCGUAACAGGGGCAUUUUAAGUUAAAAUCACGCAAUUGAUGCCGUGAAAGGUCAAGGAAAUAUCGUGUGUUGUCAAGACAGAAAAAAGCGGCGCCUCCAGACACCGCAGCAUGCAGAUGUGAAGUCAGACAUUGGAGACCUGAGCUGCAACCCUGGACUGAGUAACAUCCUCUUCAUCCCCUUCAUCGUCAUCAUACAUGAAGAGAGGGGAGAAACCCGAAGGAUACAGACAGAUGAGACCCAAAACGUUUCCUACAAGCAACUAUAGCGGCAACAGCCAACACAUGUUGCAGGAAAUAAGGAACAGCUUGCGCAAUUUGUCCAAACCCUCGGACCCACCGAAAGUGGACAAUGGAGGAGCUGGAAAAAUGAUCCCAGAGGACCCAAGACAACAGGGGCGCAGCAGCAAUGGCAAGAACCCUUACCACAAGGCCUUGCAAGAGAUCCGAAAAUCCCUGCUGCCUUUCGCCAAUGAGACCAGCACUUCUGUCCCAGAGGUCAACCAACACAUGUCGCUGGAGGCCCCCUGUGCUGGGUUUGAAGAGCAGAGUAACAGUCGCAGUAUGGGGGCAGUUAUCGACUACAUGGGUAAGGUGAGCUACCAGGACUCAGUGUGGGAACAGAACACGACCGGGCUGAAAGCACCAGGAUCGUCUCAUAUCCAGCAGGCUGUGCUGAGGAGGCCGAGCUGGAAGGGCUCCAAGGAGUCUCUGGCGCCUCGACAUGGUCCCCUCAUGGUGGAUGGCAUGAUGUACCGCUCCGACAGCCCCGGACCUCCUCCAGCCUUCCCACAGGGUCACCCCGCCAACGGCCAGAGAGUCAACCCUCCACUGCCGCCCCAGGUGCGCAGUGUCACACCUCCACCAAACCGCGGUGCCAUGCCUCCCGCACCAUCCUGGGACAGCAACCCGUCGACCAAGCGCUACUCCGGCAACAUGGAUUACCUUUUGCCGCGCAUCUCUCCGGUGCCCCAGGGGGCCUGGGCUGACGGGUACCAAUCGUCAGCACCUCAAAAUCAGCGUGGGAUCAGUCCGGUCCCUGUGGGCCACCAGCCCAUCAUCAUGCAGAGCUCUGGGGUGAAGUUCACUUUCCCCCCCAGCUGGUCUCAGAGUGGCGCCCCGCAGCCCGACUACAUGUCAGGGGGCAGCCGACAGCCUCCUCCUCCUCCGUACCCGGUCAACCAGAGCAGCCGGCACAGUCCCACAGACCAGCAGUCGGGAGGGCCGGCAUCCUCUCCCUCUUACGUCAACGGUGGAAAUAUCCCUCAGUCCAUGAUGUCGAGCAGCCGGAACAGUCACAACAUGGACAUGUACAACCUGGGUCCGCCUCAGUCGUGGUCCCAGGCGCCUCUGAACCCCAACCAGCCCCAGUCUUCUCUCGGCAACCAGGAUCUGUCCCCGUCGUGGCAGCACAACAAACCGGUGCGCUCGGAUUCCUUCAACAACCACCUGCUGACCAGCAGACAGGGCCACCCAUCCAGCUCCCAGCCCUCUGCCACCACGGUCACCGCCAUCACCCAGGCUCCCAUCCUGCAGCCCGUCAAGAGCAUGCGCGUCCAGAAACCCGAGUUACACACGGCUGUCGCUCCCACGCACCCUCCGUGGAUGCAGCCGCCGCCACCAUCUCCAGCCGCACCUGCCUACCCAGAAGCCCCAGCCCCUGGGCCUCCGACCCCCGUCGUUGCGGAAGUCCCCAGCUACCAGGGCCCCCCGCCACCCUAUCCCAAGCAUCUCCUCCAGCAGCAAGCUGCACCGGGCCCCCCCGCCUACGAUCUCGCGGCCAAUAAAAUCGCCGCGGGCCGAGAGGAGCCCGCGGAAGAGGAGAGCGCCGGCGCCGACGGCUCCCGAGACAAGACGGCGGAGAGCACCGCGGCGACGGAGAAGGAGAAGAAGCUCAUCACGACGUCGCCCGUUCCCGUCCGCCGCAACAAGAAAGACGAGCAGCCGAGCGGGGAGUCCGGACGGAUCGCGCUUUACUCCCCCCAGGCCUUCAAGUUCUUCAUGGAGCAACACGUGGAGAACGUCCUGAAGAACCAUCAGCAGAGGGUCCGGAGGAGGAACCAGCUGGAGAGCGAGAUGCAGCGGGUGGGUUUGUCCUCCGAAGCUCAGGAGCAGAUGCGUAUGAUGCUGUCCCAGAAAGAGUCCAACUACAUCCGGCUGAAGCGAGCCAAGAUGGACAAAUCCAUGUUCAAAAGAAUCAAGACGCUCGGCAUCGGAGCCUUCGGCGAGGUGUGCCUGGCCAGGAAAGAGGACACGGGGGCGCUGUACGCCAUGAAGACGCUCCGCAAGAAGGACGUGCUGCUCAGGAACCAGGUGGCCCACGUCAAGGCGGAGCGGGACAUCCUGGCCGAGGCCGACAACGAGUGGGUGGUGCGGCUCUACUACUCGUUCCAGGACCGAGACAACCUGUACUUCGUCAUGGAGUACAUUCCCGGAGGGGACAUGAUGAGCCUCCUCAUCCGGCUCGGCAUCUUCAAGGAGGAGCUGGCCCAGUUCUACAUCGCCGAGCUCACCUGCGCGGUGGAGAGCGUCCACAAGAUGGGCUUCAUCCACCGGGACAUCAAGCCGGACAACAUCCUCAUCGACCGGGACGGACACAUCAAGCUGACCGACUUCGGCCUCUGCACCGGCUUCCGCUGGACGCACGACUCCAAGUACUACCAGAGCGGCGACCACGUGAGGCAGGACAGCAUGGACUUCAGCAAGGAGUGGGAGGACUCGGCCGACUGCCGCUGCACCGACCGCCUGAAGCCCCUGGAGAGGAGGAAGGCCCGGCAGCACCAGCGCUGUCUGGCCCACUCGCUGGUCGGGACGCCCAACUACAUCGCGCCAGAAGUGCUGCUGCGGACGGGUUACACCCAGCUCUGUGAUUGGUGGAGCGUCGGCGUCAUCUUGUAUGAGAUGGUUGUCGGGCAGCCUCCCUUCCUGGCGACCACGCCCCUGGAGACGCAGAUGAAGGUGAUCAACUGGAAGAGCAUGCUGCUCAUCCCGCCGCCCGCCAAGCUCAGCGCCGCGGCGUCGGACCUCAUCGGCGAGCUGUGCCGCAGCGCCGAAGACCGCCUGGGCAAGAACGGCGCCGACGAAAUCAAAGCUCACGCGUUCUUCCGGAGCAUCGACUUCUCCAGCGACCUGCGGCAGCAGGUGGCGCCGUACGUCCCCACCAUCGCUCACUCCACGGACACCUCCAACUUCGACCCCGUGGAUCCGGAGAAGCUGCGGAGCGGCGACGGCGAGAGCAACCUCAACGACACGCUCAGCGGCUGGUUCCGCAUCGGCAAGCACCCGGAGCACGCCUUCUACGAGUUCACCUUCCGCCGCUUCUUCGACGACAACGGCCACCCCUACAGCUGCCCCAAGCCCAUCGAGUACGAGGGCUACGACGGGGAGGGGGCGGAGCCAGAGGGCCCCGCGCAGGAGGCUCCUCCGGGCCAAGAGCUGGUCUACGUUUAGGUGUGUGUGUGUGAAAUCCUUGACCGUAGGAAAGUGUGUUUUUCGAGGAGCAGCCAGAACGCUUUAGCACAGCGACAGACUUUUAUCAACGCUGGAAGUUCACGCUACAAAUUAAAGGAAUAGUCGGCGGCAUUCUGGGAAAAACGCGAUGGUUCUUUUUACCAAGUUGUAUCGAUCCCGCUCUGCAGGAGGCGGUGGCUCCAUCUUAACCGUGAGAAGCAGACGGGGUCGUGGCCCCGCCCCCUCCAGUCUUAAAGUUAAGCUAACCUAACCACCUGUUGGGACCGUACCAUCAAGGAACGAGAGGUAUCCAUUACCUCAUCCAACCCUCCGCAGUGUUUUCCCAAAAUGUUGCCGUUGACGUCUGAGAACUGUCGGAUGUUCUCGCCGCCGGAGGAACGGAAAGCUGGAAGAAGUGGAGAGCUCUCUGACGACUUAAGACUACAUUUAUUUAAGAGAAUUGUAACUGAUGCUGUUUGAGUGGGAUUUUUGUUGUUGAAAUUACAUAGUGGUCAAAACUGUCUUAAUUUAUAUUUUAAUGUCUUGCAAUGGGUAUUUUAGUCGUGUCUCGUAGAAAUGUGCAGGGAUAAGUUGCUCUAAUGAUUCAUUGCUGUGCCUUUUUCUUUUUUUUGUUAUCUUUCACCAAAUAUAAAGAGGGGUUAAUAAUCAGACUUGCAUUUUUACAAUUUAGAGUAGCAGCACCCGAUUGAACGACAGUCGGUUUUGUUUUAUUUUUCUAAUUUAUACUUAAAAUGUAUUUAUAAAUUAAGUUGCGUACAGUCGAUGUAAAUAUUUGCCCUGUCAGCUGAUUUUUAUUCUUCUUUUCUUCGGGCCGGCCCUCCUCGGUGUCUGCUGCUGCUUCCUGUUUCAUUCCCCCAAAGUCCUGACUCGUAACGGCCUUUCACACUUCCUGCUGGUCUCAACCAAAGCACUAAAAGAGUGGGUUUGACAGUUCGACCGCUUAAAAGCAAAUCUGAUUAUCACGCCUUGCUUUUAGGCGCCGGACCGCAUCAUCCUCUCGGACUCUACAUCGCGUUGAGCAUCACGGAGGCCGGAAACUCGUUUCCUUUCGAUCAUUCGUUUUUUGUUGUUUUUGUUUUAACGAACAACCGGACGGAUGAACUGCCCUCCAUCACACAGGACGAUGACUUUGUAACCCGCUGUACUUUGUUUAGGAACAUAUCUGAUUGUAGUUCUGGACUUAAUGGUGACCACUGGCAUUCUGCACUAGUUGUUUUUAUAGUGAGAUCAUUUUAUUGUCGUGUACGUUGUUGCUUUGGGAGCUACAAGGAGGGUGAUGAAUAAAGAAUGUAAAGAACAAAAU